AUGGCUGCGGAGUGCAACAUGUCUCGCUAUGCUACCUCCCUGCUGUGCUACUCUGCUCUAACCUACAUGCUACUCUGCUCUGCCCUACAUCAGUGCACUAACAUCUUCGUCGAGCUCGCCGACGAGGCGCGCCUGGCCCGCAACCUGCCAGUGUACCGCAAGGUGCGGGCCAUCGGCCAGGGCGCCUUCGGGAAGGCCUACCUGGUGGAGGCCGCGCGGAGCAGGAGGCAACGGGUGCUCAAGAAGCUGCCGCUGGCAGACGUCGGCCCCGAGAGGCGGGAAUCCGCGUUCAGCGAAGCGCUGCUGAUGCGGCGGAUCUCUCGGAGCUGCCCGCUGAUCGUGCAGUACGCCGAGGUUGUCCUUUGCAAGGGCGGGGCCGUCCUGGGCCUCAUUAUGGAGUUCUGCGCGGGAGGCGACCUCCGGCGCAUCCUGCGCGCCCGCGAGGGGCACAGGCUGCCAGAGCCCACGGUGCUCGCCUGGGCCGCCCAGAUCGGCCUGGCGCUCCGCCACUGCCACGCGCACGGCGUGCUGCACAGGGACGUGAAGCCGGACAACUGCUUCUUCCGGUCCGAGAGCUGCGAGGACCUUAUUCUCGGCGACUUUGGCAUAUCUUGCACGCUUGGCGAACAGAGCUUCGCGAAGACCGUCGUGGGGUCGCCGAUGUACCUCAGCCCAGAGAUUGUCAAUCAGGAGCCUUAUUCCUUUACGACAGAUGUCUGGAGUCUUGGAGUCAUGACGCACGAGAUGGCCAUGCUGGAGGCUCCAUUCAAAGGCGUCAACAUAUGUCAGGUCGCCUUCCGCAUCGUCGGCAGCACGCCGCCGCGAGUGGACACCGAGGCUGGCUAUCUGCUGCAGCAGCUGCUCGAGCGAGUGAUGGAGAAGGACCCGAGGUCGCGGGCCGGCCUGCCCGACUUGCUGGUCUCGCAGCCGCUGGAGCCCUACGCUAGAGUGGCGGCCGCGCGGCACGGCCUUCCCCCUCCGGACGCGGGCGAACUGGUUGGAGCACCGGGGCGCGCCGGCCUCGUCGGCCGGCUGCGGGGGAACGUGGCGGCUUCCGGAGCCGCCGCCGCGGGUGCAGGCGGGGCCGCCGACGACGGCUACGAGGAGCCGUACCUGGACGACUUCGAGGAGCCCAGCGGCAGCGAGGGCUCCUACGAGGCGGACUUCGAGGUCGUCAGCGAGAGCAGCGACGACCCGGAGCCUCCGGCGGCCGCGGCCGCAGUCGGCGCCCUGCGAGAGCUCAGCGAGGAGCAG